UUGUUUUCACUGCUGCGCCUGCUGCUAGGCAACAACUAUCACGUGACCAAGCAUGAUGGCGAGCUCGGUCAGCAAAAUGGCGGACAUGGGGAAUUGACAGAAGAUUGGAGAUCUUGCGUUCCUGAGCUUUAUUCGAACGGUCCUGGUGAAAAUUACGGCGUGAUGCUCAACAGAGUCAAAGUUUAAUCUUUGUUUCACAUUUACGAUAAUUUACAAUGAGUGCUACUUCUCGCCGGAUGUCAGCGGGCCCUGUGAUUGGCUCGUCGAUAUCUAUACUUGACCGGGGAGAUGCUCCCGCACAGGCUGUAAUUGACAAAACAACCCGGGCUAAAGCUAAACGAGUCUCAGAUGAAACCAAAGAAGAAUUGGAAAAAAUACAAUUGAGGGUGAACAAGACAAUCAAUGAGUUUGAAUUAAAUGAACAAUAUGUAAACAACAACAAGUCUGCAAUACUGGUACCAGACCUGAUUGAACUUGAAAGAAUCAUUGGUGAUGCAAUACUGAAGAAGAAAUACCAACAGGAAGUUGUAGUAUUUAUCGUAGGGUAUCAAGAUACCUGCACGCAGAGAGCUAAACUUUUAGGACAACUCAAUGAGUUGAAAGGUGGUGGUCAUCCACCACUCAUUUGCGAGAUAUGGGUCUCAUAUAAACAAAGACAGCAACUUGGACAGUUGCGCAGACCAACGAGUACAAACUGA